AUGAGCACAGCACCAUGGUACAAGGGAAAAUUGUCAUCAAGAUGCUUUCCAGUACAUAGCACUAAACAGAGGUUCUCAGAUUCCCUUAACAGCCAGCGCUGGCGAUUCUUAAAAAGCGGCCUGGAUGAUUUCAGAAAUGGCUUCCCUCCUCCCUGCGAUAACAUCAUCAUCCAUGGUACAAAGGGGCUUUCCCCCAUUGUGCUACAGAGUAGAUCACGUUCAGCCCAUCAGAAAGCACAGAAGACAUCUGCUAUACCCCAGUGCAAGCUCAUGUCAGAGCAGGAAGCCCAGAAGGAUUUCAGUGAGGAGAUGGACCACAAGCUGAGCCAGCACCCUCAGUCAUUUUACUCUCAUUUGAAAGACAGCAUCUUUCCAGAGCUCCUUCUAGAGGUGAUGAAUAUCUUGGAAGCUGAGAUGCACAAGAGCUUCAGGCCUGUGAAGAGUGACCAUAAAGAGGAGAUCCUCCCUCCUCAGAAAAUUUGGCAUUAUCCCAAGGACAAACACCAAACAGAUGCAAUGCCUGGGUCAUCAGCACACAAGGAGUCCAGAGGAAACAAUCUAUAUACAUCACUUCUCAAAGGAAAGGUGGUGAAAAGAGAAAAGAUGCCCGGACUCAGCUACAUUCCUCCUGUGAAUAUAAACACAAAGCCAGCAGGCUUGGAUUUUUGUGUGUGGGAUGCAUCUCUGGGAGAAGAAAUAUAUUACAUCAAUGAAAAUACUAGCUCUGAUACCAAGAGUGUUCGAGUUGUGGAAAUAAAUGCUCUACCCCCAGAGCUUAUAGAGUGUCUGGGAGGCUCACUUCCCAGGAGAGUUAUAAAGAGUCCUCGUGAGGAACCAUGCCAGCCCAAAUUUGUUAAGAUCAGAUAUGGAGCCUGGUACCUCGACCCUAAAACAUGGAAAAAACAAAAAGUGGGUGAACCCUUAGUGGAUCCAAAAGAAACAGGCAAUGGCGUUAAAAAUUUCACGGCACCAUCCAUUAAGAAGGAGAAUCCCAGGUACUAUGGGAUGCAUGCAUUUAAGGAAUUCCUGGAGAGGAAAGGCUACCGGAAACCAGGGGGAGGUGGUUAG